UCCAGCUCCUCCCAGAAGCCCUGUCACAGAAGACACUCAAGUCUAGGAGCCUUGGCUGAGACAGUUUCUAUCUUCCAAGAUGACUGAGAAGAGGAGGAACAAUGGGCGCGCCAAGAAGGGCCACGGCCAUGUGCAGCCCAUCCGCUGCACCAACUGCGCCCACUGUGUGCCCAAGGACAAGGACAUCAAGAAGUUUGUCAUCCUCAACAUCGUGGAAGCUGUGGCCAUCAGGGACAUCUCCGAGGCCAGUGUCUUCGACUCCUAUGUGCUGCCCAAACUGUAUGUGAAACUAAGUUACUAUGUGAGCUGCACAAUCCACAGCAAGGUAGUGAGGAAUCAUUCCGGUGACGCUCUGAAGGAUCGGACGCCCCCACCCCUAUUCAGACCUGCAGGUGCUGCCCCCAGAUCGCCUCCAAAGCCCAUGUAA